AUGAAGAAGGCCGAGGGGCAGCACAAGGACAUCAUGGAUACCAUCCGGCAGAUCGAACUCAUGGAAAAGCGAUGGCGCGAGGCCGAGGCCAACCGGCACAUGGAGCGUGCUCUCGAACUCGAAAAGCGGAAACUGCGGGGCGGCCCCACGACUCCUUCUGCCGAACUUCCCAAGGUGGUGGCUGGAGGACUGCGCAGGAGCGCGAUGCCGCCGUCGCAGCUGCUGCGGCCGGGGAGCACUGCGACGGCGAGCCACGCGGCCGAUUCCUCCCCUCGGCCCGUUUCCAUGCUCGCGCCCAUGCCCCACCACCACCAACACCACCUGCAACCGCACCACUCGCACAGCCAGCCCAGCUUCCCCGCCGUCGCCCUCACCAGUGGCCAGACGGGUCCGCACCACGGGUCGACCAUCGGCGGAGCUGCUGCCGGCGCCGGCGCCCAGUGCGCAGACGACGUGACGCUCGAGAAUUUGGCGCUCAGGCGACAGCUGCAGUCGGUCACGCAGGAGAACCUCCAGCUCAAGAAGGACAUCAGCAGCGCCAGUGAGGAGAUAGCGCGGCUCAUGGCCAAGGUCGACGAACUGUCGCGCCAGUGGGCCAAGAGCAGCCCGCGCGUGAUCAGGCGUCCGACUACGGUGAUGCUCACGCCGCGGGCCAUGGCCACCAGCGGCGACGGCCCGGCCAACGGCGGGCAAGCGGCACCUCCGCCAUCGCGUCUCUCCCGCAAAGUCCUGCUCGUCGACCAAAAACUAAUACCCGUGUCGGUCAUCAGUGCGCCGCAGGACGAGUGGCGGCAAACGCUCAAGGCCCGCCGCCGCAUCUCCAUCGUCCCCAAGCGCUUCAUUCAUGGGACCGGCCGCAAAUGGAAACCGCCGUCGCUGCUGGAGGACGAGAUCGACUCGCUCGACGACAACUGGAAGCUCCUCUUCGGCCACGAAGAAUUGGAGAGUGUGUCGACGAAGCUGCAGAUGCGGCUGCGCGAUGAGAAUCUGAUGUUCGCCGGCCUCGAGCGGCUGCUGAAGAGCUACGAGAAGAUCGAGGACCAGGCCGGUGUCGACAAGACGCGGCGCGAGCUGACCGACCGCCGGGCCAAGAUCGACCUCAAGACCCGGGUCUUCGAGGAGAUGCUCGAGAAGAAGCAGGAGAUGCUCCACGCCCUCGACUCGGUCCCACCGACCGACUCGGAAACUGUCGACACCCACACGCUCUCGUCGUCAUCGUCAGCCACAACAACAACGAAAACGACGACGACGACGAAGAGAAGAACGACGAAGCACGAGGAGGUCGAGUGGGUCGAGUGGGACGAAGAGGAAGUCGAGUGGGUCGAGCAGCAGCCGCAACUGCAACAGCCGACGCCCACGUCAUCAUCGUCGCCGACUUCGGGAGGAGUGACGGCGUUGAGCCCUCAGCGCACCGCGGGCGCGCUGCGGCCGACGUCACCCCCGGCCUCGCCCGCAUCAACUGUGGUCGCAGGGUCAUCGAUUCCCCGCACGGCGUCCGGCACGCCUGUGUCGCCCGGGCGCGCAUCGCCGCAGAAGGGCGCAGCCGCCCGCCCGGUCUCUUCCUUCGCCCACUUCGGGUCGUCGCCCAGCCUCCCGAUCCGCCAGCGCGUCGCCGCCUCGCCGUCGCCGUCGCCCACCCAGUCGCCCGCCAAGCCCGCGUCGGCCGCCGCCGCGCAGCAGACCUAUGCCGCAGCGGCGGCCGCGUCGUCGCCUUCAACGUCGACAUCGUCAAACUAUAGUUCGCCGUCGAGGCCGGCGCUGUCGACGCGGGCGAGCUCGCGCCCGGCCGGCGUCACUCCGCCGUCGACGCCGCUGCCGCCCGUGCCCUCCGGAGCCGCCGCCGGAAUCGGAGCUAAAACCGCAGGAGUCGGAGUUAGACCGCAGCCGGCGCCGCGCCCGGCCUCGAGCUUCACGCCCUCCUCCUCGUCGUCGGCGGCCAUCACGGCCCGGUCGGCGCUCAAGCCCGCGCUGCCCGUCAAGCCCGCGUCGCUCACCUCGUCGCCCUCCUCGUCGCCCUAUUCGUCGCCCUCCUCCUCCCACACGUCGGUCCCCACGCACCACCGGCCCGCGCUGGGCUCGGCCUCGUCGUCUUCCUCUUCGCUGGGCGGACGGCUGGCGCCGGGCGGCGGGUCGUCGCCUUCAUCGUCGUCGUCGCCGCCCAGUUCAGGUGGCGGCGUCGGCGGCGCGCGAGCUCCGACAACGGCGACGGCGACAGCGACGAAUGUGCGGCCGACGCCGCCCAUCCGCGCACCGGCGGCGCAGCCCACCUACGGAUCGGCCGUGGUGACGCACGACUUUGUACCCGAAUCGCACGACGAACUCGCACUCACUCGCGGCGAGAAGGUGAUACUUCGGGAGCGGAUCGACGACAAUUGGUGGGAGGGCGAGGUGCGCGGGCAGGUGGGCAUCUUCCCGCACGCCUUCAUCCAAGUCCUCUCCCUCCCCGCCGCCUCCUCCUCUUCCUCCUGA